AUGGCUUCUUCAAGAUACGUCCUCUUCCUCAUAACUCUCUCUCUCUUCCUGUUCACUUGUGCUGCCCAACACACCAUAUGUCCCUUCCAAUCCAUAUACCAGUUCGGCGAUUCAAUCUCCGACACCGGCAACCUCAUCCGCAAAGGCCCCGUGGCCGCAAGAUCCUAUGCUGCCCGUCCUCCUUACGGCCACAGUCACGGUGUCAACUUUGCAGUAGCAGGAAGCACAGCCCUCGACGGUGCUUUCUUCGCCACCAGAAACAUCCACACUCCAACUUCGGAUAGUCCACUGAGUCUUCAGCUAAACUGGUUCAGAACCCAUCUCAAUUCUCUGUGUCACACACCACAAGAAUGCGCAGCAAGGCUUAGGAGGUCACUAAUCCUAAUGGGUGAGAUAGGUGGCAAUGACUAUAACUAUGCAUUCUUCCAAAACAAACCCAUUCACGAGAUUCGAACCUACGUGCCACACGUGGUGGGCACCAUCGUCAACUCGGUCAGAGAAGUGAUACGCCUCGGUGCCGUACGGGUUGUGGUCCCGGGAAACUUCCCGGUCGGUUGCAUUCCCAUAUACUUGUCAUCUUUUCCGAGUAGUGACCCUAGAGCUUAUGAUGACAUGGGUUGCUUGAGUGGCCUAAAUGAGUUUGCCUUGUUUCACAAUAACUAUCUUCAGCAUGCUCUGGCCUUGCUUAGGACUGAAUUUCCUAAUGUUGUCAUACUCUAUGCUGACUAUUACUCGGCCUUCCAGUCCGUUCUUCGCCGCGCGCCGUAUCUGGGAUUUGAUCGGAGAUCAUUGUUGAGAGCUUGCUGUGGAGUUGGAGGAUUGUAUAACUAUGAUGGGAGUAGGAUGUGUGGUACUCCCGGCGUGCCGGUUUGCCCUAAUCCUGCUGAACAUAUACAUUGGGAUGGUGUGCAUCUAACACAGGAGGCUUAUAGGCACAUGUCUCAGAUUCUCAUUAGUGAUAUUCUAUCUAGAAUCCAGUGCGUAUGGUAG